AUGUUCAUUUGCAUCAGGCAUGGAGAUAACCAGCAAUUCCUAGCCAACACCAACUGCUCCGUCCUGCUACUGUUGCAUUAUGUUCGAAACAAAGUGGGGCUGCGUGAUUCAGAAGUCAUUGACCUCUGUGAUGAAUCUGGGACUCUGAAGCUACUGUUCCUAGUGAAGUUCCCUGGGGAACCUGCCACCAAGUUCCUCCAACCCAGAAACAUUUACUAUAUCUGCAAAGUGGAACGUGGGCCACCAGGAUCUCGAAAUGAAAAUGCCUACAGAGCUUUUGUGCCCCUUCUGAAGGAACCUGAGCAAGACUUGUUGGAUGCCCUUAAAUCCCAAUGUGACUAUCUGGAAAAGAGUCGAAUAAAGAUGCUUCGCGGCCAAGACAACAAGAAAAUCGCACCUAUAGACUCCUACAUGACCAUCCCGUCCAAAACUACAGGACGAAUGGGAACAACAGGGACAUUGGAAGAAGAGGUAGCCAGUCGCAGGGGAUUUGCUGCAGCUCCCAAGACUAAACCUGAACUGGCCAGCAAGAAAGAUAAACACCGCUAA